CAGGGACACCAACCACAACAACAGGAGCUCCAACCUCAACCAUAGCUGCUGCAACCUCAACAGUUUCUCCAACCACAACCACAGUAGCUCUGUCCACAACAACAGCUGCUCCAACCACAACCACAGUAGCUCUGACAACAACCACAGCAGCUCCAACCACAACAUCAGAGACUCCAACAACAGCUGCCCCAAUCACCACCAUAACUGCUACAUCCACAUCCACAUCCGUUGCGCCAACAAUAACAAGCUCUACUCCAAGCAUCCCAAUUACAGCUGGCUCAACCAUAACUACAAAUCUGCAACCCACAGCAGCUCCACCCACAACUACGAUUGCCCAAUCCACUAGAAUUAUUGCAACAGCCACUACCAAAACUUCUCCAGCUACAUCCAUAUCAACUUCAUCCACAUCCUCGAUUUUUCCUUCAACAAUAUCACCUUCAUCAGUAAUAACAGCUGCUACAGUUACAAGUCAAACUUCUGUUACAGAGACCACAGUGUCUCCUAACACAUUCACAGCUGCCCCAAAUAUAGCCACAAAUGCCCCGAUCAGAACCACAAAUGUUUCAACCAACACUUCUGCUGCUCCAGCAGCAACUACACCUGCUCUAAUUACUUCCACAGUUCUUCCUUUAACAGCCACACCUUCCCUGACCGCAACAAUUCCAUCAAACACGACAGUUUCAUCUCCCACCACAGCUCCUUCGACACUAUCAGCUAAGCCAACCUUAAUGUCAUCUACUCAUAACCAAACCACAGCUUAUCAAACAAUUCCGGCUACUAAUGCAACUACUACAAAUGGACCUCCUGCUCCAGUUUUUUAUGUUGGAGUGGUUGUUUACGAACCAUUUGAUGAAGAUCUCAAAGAUAAUAACACCCAAAAAUUUAAGGAUCUCGCAAAGAGGAUUGUUGCAGUAUAUGACAUGCUCUACAGAAAAGCUUUUGGAGCCCUCUUCGUCCGUAGUUAUGUCAUUUCAUUUAGAGUUUCUGUAACAUCCCGAAUUCGAAUGAAUGUCACAGAAGUAGAAGUUGGGGUGGAGUUUAACCAAACCACGCCACUUGUGGAACUCCCAAGGAACGAAGAAGUACAAAAAACGUUAUCAGAUGCUAUAGAUACGUCUAAUAACAACACUAUCAUGGAUGUUCCAUUUUCACCUGGUUCUGUCCAAAUAAUACGCACACCUUUGCCAACCACACCGCCCACUACAAAUUCUACAGAUACUACCAUCUCUCCAAACUCAACUGCAACUACUGCAGUUAAUCCAACAACCAACACCACAACUCCAUCUACUGCAGUUAAUCCAACAACCAACAGCACAACUCCAUCUACUACAGUUAAACCAACAACCAACACCACAACUCCAUCUACUACAGUUAAACCAACAACCAAAACAACUCCAACUGUGGAGGCAACAGUCACAAGGAAAGUGACUUUUAGGUCUCUGGGCGAGACCUUCACCACUGAUUUGCUGAACCCAUCAUCUGCCGCAUUUAAAAAUCGAGCUGCACUUUUAAAGUCAAAUCUUGAACCUCUCUUCCAGCGAACGUUUUCUACUUUACGCGACUUCACUGUAACUUCAUUCAGCAACGGAUCAAUUAUCAACAACAUGGACCUUAAAUUUUCAGCAGCGUUUGUACCUAGCAACAUUCAAAUUUCAGAGGUUUUGCUGAAAGCAGCUUUGAUCGUCACAGACUUCAACAUCGAAACUGCUUCUAUUCUUGUGGAUGACAUACAGGUAUCAAGUGGAGUAAGCCACAACAUCAGCCUCAUCACUGCACUCAGCUUGGUCUUGUUGUCAUGGCUUCUUUCAAACCAGCAAUAACGUCUCUGCUGGUUUCCAGAGGAAGAUGUGCUGGAAAAUGUCAAUUCUUACUGGUGUGAAGAAGGACAUUCUAAAAAUUUACUCAUGACACUUUAAAACUUUAAAAGCAUUUAUUGAAACUUGAUACUGUAUUACAGUGAAUAUGUUUAUUUGAAUUGUCAGGCUCUUUAAGUUUGUUCAUAUCAGUUCUUUCUUAUUUAUUUAUGUAAAUUUAAUUAUUAUGGUAAAGUAAUAUAAUUUAUAAUCUGUGAAAGGUAACAUGAAGGUAAUUAAGGAUUAUUUAGGUCAGAGACUGUUUAUGUAAUCCUUAAGAUUUCUCUCUCAAUGAAUAUUGUAAGACUGUCUGAUCAAUGUCCUGUAUGAUUGUCUAGUUUUUCUUUUUCUUUUACUUGUAUUUAUCACAAAAAUAUUCUGUAUUCAGUAUUCUGAAAGUAUUUUGCUUAUUUUUUCCUGUAUAGAUAUCAAUAUAAUAAAUAUAAAUUAUAAGAUACA